AUGUCUUGGCGUAACCCAAAGGAGAUGAACAUCCCGCAGGGGGUUGACAUCGUCAACCCCAAUUACACCCAUCCUCAACUCGUCAUGACCCCCGACCUCCACGUCUUGCCCAUCGAUCUCCUCAUUGGCUUCACCUGGGUUCUCAUGGGCAAAUGCCACCUGUUCAGCGGCAAACCAUCGACACAGCUGCAUCUCUCCGAGGAAGACGAGACUGCGCUCUUUAUCAGGCCGUACAACGAAUGGGCGCCCCCGCCCUUCAACAACUGCUCUAUUCGCGUCGACUCGGCCAUGAACCGCGCGACGGCUGCUGUGUCGGGCAUGGGUGAUUUGCUGUCCAUUGUCAACACCACGAGCACAGAGUGUGACAGGGACCUUCACCACAUGAAGACCCGGCUUCUACACGGCCUGCCGCCCAUGUCGCUGUCGCGGUGGCGGAAAAAGGGGCUGCACGGGCCGGAGAACAUGAAGCGAGCCUGUCAGUACCUAUGCGCAGUGGUGGACGCUUUUGAGUAUCUCAACCUCCCGCACAGCGAGUCGCGCAUGCGGAAGGCGUGCAAUGGGGUCUGGACAGCAUGCCACGAUUUCUCGAGGGCUCUAAACGCGUACCGACAGGAGAAGGGUCGCAGUCCCAUCUCGGUAACGGCGGCCUGGGAGGAGUACAUGGUCGACUACUUCGAGACCGUGGCGGCGAGGGCUCAUGCGUGGGUGAUGGAAAGGAUCGACGAGCUACGGGAAAUGCUCAUCCUGCAGCUACGAAACACGACGGGCGACCCAAACGACCAGGUAUCCUCUACGCAGAUGGCGAUUCUCGACUCGAUCCACGAUCUUGUCGAGAUUACAAACAAAGCCGACACCAAGAUCAUGCUGCCCCUGUUCGGCUUCACACUCAAGACCUUGACCUCGGCGGCGCCGAGGCUCCGGGAUGACUGGAACGGCUAUGGCGGUGCCGAGCCGAUGACUCAGUAUUCCUACGAUAUGCGCGUCCGCUCGCGGGUGUAUGGCAUCCGGUGUAGGUACCUGAGCAGAACAGCCUCGGUCCAGCAAGCCUUCGAAGACGCGCGCAACGGCGUGCGCCGCUCGCACUCGGAUCCUCAGAGCCUGGAGCGGACGUGUCGACUGCAGGUCAGAGAGUACUUACAGGCGAGGCGGGAGCUGCGCGGGCCGGAGCCGGAGAUGGCGGAUGAGCCGUGGAUUGUGAAUCUAAAGAACACCAUGCGGUUGGCGGUCCGGCCCCCGUUGCGGGUCUGGGGUUUCAUCGGGUACAGGAUCUCGUACGAGCAUUCGGACGAGGAGUGUAAGCAGUUCCUGGAGAGUUUCAAAGACAACGUGACGGGGUGGGGUGAGGGGUUGAAGGGCGCGGCGGAUGUGAAGCCAGCGUGCAAGUUGAGGUGGAUUGAUGGACGGGAGCAUGGAAUCUCGGAGGGAGACAUCGAGGCGGCGAGACGGCAUUACGAGGAGUACAGCAAGUCGCCCGCCUGCGAAGGCUUCCUGACACCAGCGGCAAUCUUCUUGGCUGCCGAUAAGGCGGCCAUCGACUCGUACCUGAAGCCGGUUCCGGACACCGCGGAGCCGAUCAUCCCUCGCGGUGACUUGGGCAGUUUUGUUCUGGCCGCCAAGGCGUCCGAUAAGAGGGGAACGGACAACAGGCGGCGGGACCAGAGGAGACGAGAUGCUGAGACGCCGAGCGAAGAGUUCGAUGGUACCCUCAGGGUACUCGGGUCAAUACUCUUCGACGACUUUUGGGCUUUGAUGGGCCGGAGCACAUUCGGCUUGAAGGAGCUAGCCAAGCUGGCUGCGAUUCACCCCCAGCAGGUUUACACGGGGCCAAGCGUGCCCGUGGAAAGGCAAGGAUGGCGGCAUUCGGGUUGUUGGAGUUUGACAGUGUUGAAGUCAUUUGAGAAAUGGCAGAGUCUCUAG